GUCGGUUCAAUACUGAUGAACCUGCUUUCCGCCGCGACGUUUCUCAUUCUUGUAUCGGAAGCGGUAGUUGUGAAAAAGGCGCUCAUUGUGAUUGCUCCCGGAUUUGAAGAAAUUGAGGCUGUGACGGUCUUUCGUGUAUUGAAGUCAGGUACAGUGCAACCUACUUUGGUCCGUUUGGAACACGUCACUGACCCGAUGGUCAAGGGAGCGAACGGGCUUUCGAUUCUCACGGAUGGAGAACUAAACGAGGAUGAUGCAAACGGAUACGAUCUGAUUGUGCUGCCGGGAGGAGCUAAAGGGACUGAGGAAAUGAAAAAAUCAGACAGGUUGAAACGUAUCCUUGGAAGCUUUGUGCAGAAAAAGAAGUAUAUUGGUGCCAUUUGUUUAGCUCCAGCAGUUCUUAAGCAUUUUAACCUGUUACUGAAUUCAAUACUAACAUCCUACCCUUCCAUCGAAAAUGAAAUGCGACAACAAUAUACAUAUCUUGAAAAAUCCGUCGUGGUGGAUAAACAACUAAUUACAAGUCGCGGUCCAGGGACGGCGAUGGAGUUUGCCUUGAAGUUAGUGGAAUUACUGACUGGAAAACAAAACUCGGACACUGUUGCGAAUAACUUUAUUUUUGAUAAACGUGAUGAGAUCAGCCCAUGA